AUGUCAAAAGUUAAAAAUAUAAAUAACCUCACAGAAGUUAUGAAACCGAUAUUAUAUAUUAAUUAAAUAAUUAAAAAUGACUGGAAGUCUUAUAUUCCGAUGUAUAAUAAGUAGUGUAUCUCCAAAGUAUUUAUCGAAAUCUAAAUUAUUAAGAAGCAGUAGAUUGACUGCUGGUAUUUUAAACGGUUCUUGUAACUAUUGCACGAAAGUUAAAUCUAAGGUUGUAGAGAAAAAACAUUGCAAUGUAGGAACUAUAGGGCAUGUCGAUCAUGGAAAAACGACACUCACAGCUGCAAUAACCAAAGUUUUAUCUAAAGGUGGUUUCGCGAAAUAUGUUUCUUACGACGAAAUAGAUAAGGCCCCGGAAGAAAAAGCACGGGGAAUUACGAUAAAUGCAGCACACGUAGGCUACAGUACGAAAAACAGACACUACGCUCACACCGACUGUCCGGGACAUGCAGAUUAUAUCAGAAACAUGAUAUCGGGAGCGUCCCAAAUGGAUGCAGCAAUUGUUGUAGUCGCAGCCAACGACGGGCCAAUGCCGCAAACAAAGGAACAUUUGUUGUUGGCCAAACAAGUCGGAAUCAAAUAUGUUUUGGUGUACAUAAAUAAAGUUGAUAUCGUAGAUAAUGAAUUAGUCGAAUUAGUAGAGAUAGAGAUGCGAGAAAUGUUGACAGAUUAUGGCUUCGAAGGUUUAUCAGCACCUGUGGUUCACGGCUCAGCGCUCGCCGCCUUAAAAGAUGAUCAAACUGAAAUAGGGGUUCCCUCUAUAAUCAAACUCUUGGACACUAUGGAUAAUUACAUUCCACCAAUCAUACGAGAUCUAGAAUCACCAUUUCUUCUGCCCAUAGACAACGCUUUCACAGUACCGGGUAGAGGUACUGUUGUCGUUGGAACCAUAAAAAGGGGUGUCAUGAAGAAGAAUGAUGAGGCAGAGCUCAUGGGAUUCGGCUAUAAUAUUAAGACAACACUAUCUGAUAUACAGAUAUUUAGAAAUAGUGUGCCAGAGGCACUGGCUGGUGAUAACGUAGGCGUCUUACUUCGCGGUAUGAAACUCAAGAACGUUGAGACGGGCAUGAUCCUGUGUGCGGCGAAGAGUUUGAGCCUGAGCAAUCAUUAUAAGGCGAAAGUCUAUUUCCUGAGUCACUCAGAAGGAGGGAGAAAAAAGCCUGUCUUUUCAAAAUACACGCAACAAAUGUUCAGCGGAACGUGGAAUAUUGCUUGCAGGAUAGAUUUAGAGCCUUCGAUGGAAAUGUUAAUGCCUGGUGAUCACGCGGACGUCUUCCUCACCCUGUUAGAGGGCAUGGUGAUGGUCAAAGGACAACAGUUCACCAUCAGAGAGAACAACGUGACAGUGGCCACGGGCAUCAUAACGGACGCUAUGCACGCCAUAGACGUGCCCAACGGGAAGCUAGGGAAGAUCGUCCUCGACACUAUUUAGUUGCGUUAUAUAAAUUAAAUUAUUUGCAUCGGUUAAAUUCUGUUUUAUUUGAUUUUAGUUACUAAUAGACUAAUUGUUUUUAAUUUUUAUGUUUACGAUGUAUAAUGAAGAGAAUUAAAUCUAUUUAUUAUUUUUUUUU